CCUUUUUUCUGUUGCGGUGAGUCUGCAACGUAUGCCCCGUCGACGACAGCAUUGCGACCUUUGCGUGGAAGGCCAACCGUCCAUCUGUAAUUAUUGCGGAGGGGCUAACUAUCGUCCAGUGGAAGCAUCCAUUACAACCCGAGCUGCUCUACAUCAAGAAACGAUGGAGGCCGUUCAACAAGCUCGCGCUGCCCUCACAGUCUUGGUUCAACAACAACAGCAAGCUCAACAACAACAGCAGCAAGCUCAACAACAACAGCAGCAAGCUCAACAGCAGCAACAACAAAUCCAAGUCCAGCAAGGACAAGCGCUUCAGAUCGCUCUGCAAGCCAUUCAACAAAACCAAAAUACUGCAGCCAGUCACCCGCUUCCAACGUUCAGCGGAACCAUAGAAGAAGAUGUAUACGUUUGGCUAGAGACGGUCCAGCGAGAGUCAACUGCUGGAGGAUGGAAUGAGGACCGGAAAAGGCGAAUGGUUAACGCGGCUCUGCGUGGCGUUGCAGCUAGCUGGCAGUGGCAACCUCCGGCCGGAACCGUAGAUGAUUGGGCCGGAUGGUCAGCAGCUUUCCGGGACACAUUCCGCAAACGUUACACGUUCAUCGAAUGGGAAACGAUGGUGAAGGCGAGGCAACAAAUGGUGGGAGAAUCUGCUGCACAGUACGCUCUUAGCAAGGCUACUUUACGCCAAUACUGCCCGCAUCAAAUGAGCGAAGCGGGGUUCGUCCCUUAUUUAAUCCACGGAAUCCGUCAUCACCAGUUCGCGCCGGUGUUAGUGCACAGUCAGCUAGCGAAUGUCCACCUUCAUCGAAGCGUAUUCCCGUCUGGAAGCAGCCAUCAUUCACACGCCAGAGAUUCCCGACAAACACAGCAAGACGAUCGAAUCUCUUGUCGCUCAGAAUGCAACCCUCGCUGCACAAGUAUCAGAUCUACAGAAAAGAAUGGCUUUUCAACGACAAGCACCACCAAACCAGCCAGUCCGUCCACCAUCUCAACCAAACAGUCGUCCAUCGAGCCCGCAUCCGGGAAACGGGCAAGCCGGGUCGAUGGGGCAGACCCGGCCAUCGGAACAGUAGAAGCCCCCAAUUGCUCAAUUCGACCGGCGGUAAUAGAAGUAGAUGUGGACAAGAUUGAAAAAAAGGUUAGCGCAUUAGUCGAUCCAGGCGCCACUGUUAAUGUCAUCUGUCGAUCGUUGGUCUGUCAUCUCAAAAUCGAAGAAACGCAAACACCUCCCCUUAGAUUGGCAGACGGAACGGCGUCCAAAGCACCUGCUGGUGAAAUUGUUUUAAACCUCUGUUGGGAAGAAAUAAGUGAAGAAGUAAAAUUUCUCGUGUUCGAAGACCCGUCUCAUCCGAUCAUCUUGGGGACAAACUGGAUAGCUCGAGUCGGAGUGGUUGUCUCCUUAUCGGAAGCCGGAGUCAUGGAAGCCAAAAGAGGUGGCCUGAAAUUGUCAGACCUCCAGAAAAAUGCCCCGAAAUCAGAGACAAACGAUUGGCUGGCAGCUUGUAUGAUGCCCGAAGAAGACAAAUCUUUGUCAAACCACUUAACAGUGCGGAAAGUGACCGUUGUACCCGCCAAAACUCUCGCAUUUAUCCAGAUGGACAUGACGUCACCAGAGAGGAAGACAAUCGGAAAAGAAGAGCACCAGUUUAUCAUCAAUCGCACGUACUCAGCCCGACCAGGAAGAGAGUGGAUAAUCCCAAGCAGCCUGAUCACUGAACAGGAAGAUGGUCUUUUUGUUCCUAUUCUUAAUUUGACAUCAAGAAACAUCCGGUUCUAUGCAGGAGAAGAGCUCGUGGAAGCUGAAAUCGCACCCGAACUGCAGAUACUUGAAUCAACAGAAGAGUUCUUUUGCAGUCUCACUCAACAAAAAGAAAGUAAGCAAGGGUCAUCUGAGUUCGUCACCAGGCUCGUUGCACUCCACACUUUGAACACCACAUUGACACCGGCGAUUCGCGUCCCAUCCGAUCCGCGCCAUACCGAGUCUCUCGGGUAGAAAGAGACUUCAUUCAAACUCAAGUAACAGAAAUGUUGAACAACGAUGUCAUCACUCCAUCUUCCAGCCCGUGGGCGUCUCCGGUUGUGAUGAUUCCCAAGAAGAACGGUAAAAUCCGGUUCUGUAUUGACUAUAGGCGAUUGAAUGCAGUUACUGUACGCGACGUCUAUCCACUACCUCGCAUUGAUGACUUUCUGGAUCGUCUUGGCGGAGCAAAAGUCUUCUCAAGUCUGGAUCUAAAAAGUGGAUAUUGGCAAGUUCCAAUGAGUUCCGACAGCCGAAGAAAAACCGCGUUUAUUACGCCUGAUGGCUUGUACGAAUGUAAACGGCUCCCAUUUGG